AUGUUGAUAAACGAGGAGAAGCUCGGAACAGCCUGCAUUCGCCUUUUGCAGUCGCGCAGAGGGACAGCUGCAUGGCUGCUGUGCGUGGCUACGGUGAUGGUAGCGUUCGCCUUGGGGAAAUUCUGGGACCUGCAGCGCCAGUUGGCAGGUUUAAAGGAAGCACUGCGGCUUGAAAAGUUGAAGGCAGAGAAUUUUGCAGCAUCUCAUGAGGGUGUGCCUUCUAUAAACGGGGAACAAGAGAGACAAGAUGAGCAUGCAGAUUCAAGUGACAAUGAGUCGGAACAACAGGAUGAGGUGAAAGCUGCCCUCCACAGUCUUGACAGGAUUGCUGCAGAGCUUCCCAAAGAGGAAGAAAGAGUUGAGACCCUGCGAGAAAAAGUGGCACGGCUGGAGACGUUGAAUGAGGAGCGCAUGGUGCUGGAACCAAAGGUCAAUACUCUGAGAAAGGCAGAGGAGGAGAUGGCAGACUGCGAAAAACAUAUUGAGGCUAUGGAGGAACGGCUCAAAAAGCUGCCAGAACUUAGACUGAAGGAAAGAGGCCUCUUGGAAAAGUCCACAGAAACGGAGGAUUUGAUUGCUAAAGUUGAAUCAAUGAUGGGCAAAGCUGCCAUCAUCGACGUGGUCACAGACGUCCAUAACAGGAUGAAAGAAGAUGCAGAUGCUGCAGAUCGCAUGUUGAUGGACAUGAAGGGAACAGAGGGUCAACUCGAACGGGCAAGGGCAGAGUACGUGGACAAGGAAACUAGAAUAAAGGAUGAGAUUGAAAAGCUGCAGAUGAAUUUGAAUCAGCGACUACCCAUGCUUGAAAAGGAGCGAGAUGAGCUGCAGGCGAAGGCGCGGGAUCUGGCAUCAACUCCGGGCCUGGAAUCAGCAACAGCAGUCCCUCCUGGCAGUGUUGUGGCCACUUCUGCCGUUGAAUUGGACACACGGAAGAACGACCGCUCAAUGAGAAAAAUGAAACAAUCACAGCUUGAUGCAAAGAUGGAAGACAUGCUGGCAAAGCUGGAAGGAGAGAAGAAGCGCCUGGAGGAGGCUUUGGCUGCUGAACGGGAACAAAGCGCUAGCUGGACACGAAAGGCACAACAAGCCCAGCAGACUCUCAGCAACCUGAAAAGGAGAAUGCAAGAAUCCAGCAGAACGGGCCAUCUGCAAUUGUCAUACAGAUCUCUGUACCAGACAGAGACUCCGAUGGUGUCGCUGGGUGUAUUGAAGAAGCCGCAGGAGACAUGCAAUGAAAAUGCAUAUGCAGUCCUUGUCAUGCGGGGCGACAAAUAUGCCCUUGGUGCUGCGGUCGUGGCCUACCAGCUCAAGCAACUGAACGCAAGGGCUGAUGUUGUGUGCCUUGUGACACGAGAAGUCAGCCCUGAAGCAAGGCAGGCCCUUUCGACCGUGUUUGAUGCGAUCUACGAAUGCCCCUUGGUGCAAUUCGACUGCAUCGAAAUGACCACACAGAAGCAGAGGGACUUCUAUGGGGAAUGGAUCAGCGAAAGUUUCACCAAGUGGAAUGUGUUGUUGCUGACCAUGUACAAGAAAGUGUUGCUGGUCGAUGCAGACCUCCUGCCCUUGACCAACAUAGACAACUUGUUCACGCUCAACGCCCCCGCUGCUACAUUCUCCAGCCCGUGGUCAUCAGAAUACAAAGGAGGCGGCGGUUAUGAUGACCCCUACAAGGGCCUGGUGCACGGGAGGAGUGUAGACCAGCAAAUGAUAUUCAGCGCCAUCGAUGCAAGCCUACGCUACGACAAGGGCGGGAAAGGCAGCUAUGUGGGGCUGGGCAGCCUGGUGCUCGUGGAGCCCAGUGCAGACCAGUUCCAAUCACUGUUGGCGUUUGUCUCGGCUCGCCAGCCGUUUGGUGUGCCGGGCUGCCACUCAGGGUUCGACGAGCAGUCCAUUGUGUUUUAUUUCAAUGCGCACCACCCAAACCGUGGCUGGACCCACAUAUCGCAGGAAUACAACUGCCUAGCCUGGCACCGGAAGUGGAUACGUGGUGCACAGCCCAAGUGCUACCACUACUUCAACGAAAAGCCCUGGACACAGCAUCCCCAAAGCUACGAGGAUGUGCCAGUGUGGUACGAUGCAGCCGCUGGGCUAAGGAAGAGCCACCCAGAGACGGAGGUUUUGUUUGAGAAAUGUCUUAAAGACAUGAACUUCAUAGAGUCUCACAUUGUGGGGCCAUCCAGCAAAGGGAGGAAUUCUUGA